AUGACGAGAGGAAUAUUAUUAUUAUCAUGUUUAUUGUAUUGUCUGAUAUUAAAGAGUUCUGGUAGUCCAAUAAUGAACGUACUUCUUGGCUAUCAGGAUAGUUUAGGUCGUUAUAGCUUUGGUUAUAGUACACUUGACUCGGCGAGAUCAGAGAUCAAAACUGUAAAUGGUGUAAUACAUGGUGCAUACAGUUACGUCGAUGACAACGGUGUAAUACAAAGUACCGAGUACAUUGCCGACGACGAUGGUUUUCGUGUAGUAGCUACAAAUCUUCCACAGUUACAGACAAUUCCAAAUGAAGAUACAGCUGAGGUAUCGGUUGUUGCUAGUAAAGCUCAUUUGGAAGAUUUUAUAAUCGCCGAAAAAAUGGCCAAAGAUAUUGAAAACGAGAAGGAACGUACGAAUGUAUCGGUAAAGAUCAUUUGAAAGAAAUCUUUUUUUUUCUUUUUUAAAUUAACAAUGUACAAUAAUCGAUAAGGAUUUAGGAUUAGAA